AUGGAAGUACUUCACCUCCCUAUUGUCGUCAUUGGUGAGUUCGAAGAUCUCUCAAGACAUCUCUUGUCGGCGUGGGGACCUGGGUUUGAAGGCAUGAUGGAGUCUGGAACUAUCGGUAGCUACUAUGCUAAAGAAGCCAAGGAUGAAACAAAUAAUGUUGUGAUGUUGAUUAGCAUAAUAAUAAUGACGAAGAUGAUGAUAAUAUCAGAAGGAGCAGUGUACAAAGUUGGAGGCUCUUCUGGUUGGACCUCCAUUGGCCGUGUGGACUACAAGAACUGGGCUGCCUCCAAGAUCUUCCAAGUUGGUGAUACCAUCAUUUUUGAGUACAAUCCUGAGUACCACAAUGUGAUGAGAGUGACAUAUGAGAUGUACAAAUCAUGCAAUGUUUCAGCUGGGACUCCAAUAGAAACCUUCAACACAGGAAAUGAUUCAAUAAAGAUCAACAACCAUGGCCACAAUUUGUUCAUGUGUGGGUUUCCAGGGCACUGCCUAAAAGGCCAAAAGGUUGAUAUCAAUGUCAUUAGGAUUUCUGCAACAAAACCCCCAUCUCCAUCAACAACAAAUGACGACGACGACGAUGACGAUGACCUUUGUCCUUGCCCUAACAAAGCUGCCCCUUUCACAGCAUCAUUUGGGCUUAUAGGAUUAGCCUUAUCAUUCCUUGCACUUGCUGGUUUCUAG